AGAAGUGUGCCCGCGAGUCGAGUGCCGGAAAACCAACAACAACUGUAUCCCCCUCAAAAUGAGUGCCGCAUCCCUUCGCCUGCUCAGCAAAACCAAACAGACCGCCCGCAUCAUCAUAGUCGGAGCAGGAUCGGCGGGUAUCGCGGCCGCCACCCGCUUGUUGGAGCAGGGGUUCCGAAAUGUGCUGCUGCUGGAGGCGGAGGACCGCAUCGGCGGACGCAUCCAUACGAUCCCAUUCGCGGACAACGUCGUGGAUCUGGGCGCCCAGUGGUGUCACGGCGAGCAGGGAAACGUGGUGUACCAGCGGGUUAAAGAUCAGAAUAUGCUGGAGGCGACGGAGCCCCACUACGACAACUUCAAGUGCGUGCGAUCUAACGGGGAAGUGCUGCCCGAGGCGAUCGCGGAACCGCUGAAGACAAUCGCGUUCAACUCCAUUCCGGAGAGACAGACGGAUCUGGGGAGCUAUGACGGCUCCCUGGGUGACUACCUGGACAUGAAGUACUGGAAGGAGCUGGCCAAGCUGCCGCCCAUCGACCGCACCAUCGCCGAGGAGUUCCUCGAAGUAUUCCACAAGUUUGAGGCGUCUGUGGAAGCCGCUGAUCACCUGUACGAAGUGUCUGGCCGCGGACACCUGGAGUACUGGCUGUGCGAGGGCGAACUGUUGCUCAACUGGCGGCAGAAGGGCUACAAGCAGUUCCUCAGAGUUUUGAUGAAAGCCCAGGACGCUCAGCCAGAAGAUCUGGGCGUGCUCAAGGGACACGUGCUGCUCAACAAGCGCAUUGCCGAGAUCAACUGGGAAGGGGCCGAUGAGCUGAAGAUCCGUUGCUGGAAUGGGGAGAUUCACACAGCGGAUCACGUCAUCUGCACCGUCUCCCUGGGAGUACUGAAGGAGCAGCAUAGGCAUCUCUUUGUGCCCAACCUCCCCGCGGCAAAGGUGCGGGCUAUCGACGGCCUCAAGCUGGGAACGGUUGAUAAGUUCUUCCUAGAGUUCACUGCCCCGCCCCUGCCCGAAGACUGGCCCGGCUUCAACUGCCUCUGGCUGAAGAAGGAUCUGGACGAGCUGCGCGGCUCGGAGCUGUUUUGGCUGGAGAGUGUCUUUGGAUUCUAUCCCGUCUCGCACCAGCCCCGCAUUUUGCAGGGAUGGAUUAUUGGAGCGCAUGCCCGCCACAUGGAGACGCUCACCGAGGAGACGGUUCUGCAGGGCUUGCUAUGGCUCUUCCGCAAGUUCCUGCCCUUCGAGGUGGCUCCCCCACAACGCUUCCUGCGCACCCAGUGGCAUGCGAAUCCCAACUUCCGCGGUAGCUACACCUUCCGCUCCACCUACACGGACGAGCUGCGUACAGGUGCCUGGGAUCUGGAAGCUCCGCUGACGGAUGUCGGCGGUCGGCCACGCCUUCAGUUCGCCGGAGAGUCCUCCCACAAGCACUACUACUCCACCGUGCAUGGGGCCGUGGAGACGGGAUGGCGUGAAGCGGAACGUCUGAAUGUUUACUACAAGGCCCGAACGGCGCAGCUGUGAGCCAAGAUGCAAAGGAUCAAUGGGGCAUGAAGUAUACAAUAAGUACGAGUUUGAUGUAUGAGUAGAGUGAAAAGAAACGAAGUACAAAACGUAAUACAUGUGCUUUGUGCGGUACUUGAAAAGUACCUAUUGAUUGUCCAGCUGUUCAACUUAAAUACAGAUUUUGAUAAGAUAUAAUCGUAUCGAUUUCAGCAUUUAUUAGAUUAAAUGAAAGCAAUUCAAUAUAUCAGACCAGUUUGCUGAAAGUUUUGUUUGCUUGCAUUAUACUUUAAGAAGCUAAAUAA